AUGGAUCAUAGCGCUUCUACUCCCCACGAACCACUUGAUGGCCCUACGGAUUCCCUUAUUAAACCCGGUUGGGACUCCCAUGAUUCCACACAUACGGAUUCCACGUCAGAGUCAGAACAUGGUCACGACAAAUCUCAAUACCCUAUAGCCCCAUGGGAUAUCUGCUGGCAUGACAAGCCAGCCACAGCCGUGUCCUUAUUUCUGAUAGGGCUGAGUUGUGCCAUCGGCCAGCACGUAUUCUACAGUAUGAAGGAUGGCACUCUGGCCACGCAGCAGGAGUGGACAAUUCGAGUCGGGACAGGUCUCGCCUAUCUCCUCGGAUUUUCAAUGGCUGCACUUGUUGGAAUCUCACGGGAUCAGUGGGUCUGGCGUACCCUCCGCACCCGAUUCUUCCCCUUGGAAAGCAUAGAUGCGUUAUUCGGGGUCACCUCCAAUGUUUUCUGUUUCCUAGAUAUCACCAUGGUUUGGAACGCCAAAGUCUCGACAAUGCUGGCAGCUUUGAAAUGGCUUUUCCCGCUGGUGACAAUCUUCACCCCGAGUACCAUCUCUGUCAUCUUGACCCCGUUCGACACCGAAUUCGACUGCCAGGUACCCGCUCUAUCGUUCCCGGGGCCUCGUAACAGUACCGAUCUCGGCAGCACUGUCACCACACAAGGCCACGACCUCACCUAUAGCGGGGCCGACCAUAGUGGUGAUGAUGGUGGUGAAUAUGGCGAUAAUGGUGAUGCCAGCGGUAUUCCUACUCUUCGCAAUAUGAGAAGGGCAAACGCAUUCGCGAACCAAAGGUUGUACGUGGCGGAUAUCUACGACCCCGCCGCAUACACGAACCAAAACGUCUCCAUCAAUAACUACGAAAUAACGAUUGAUGCAGAAAGCAAGGAUUGCUAUGUGAACGCUGAGGUUCUUCGAUAUUUCAUAAUGUCGGCAUACUCGAGUGAAGUAAUCUUCCCUCCUGAUAUCACUCGCGAUCACCUUAUAUCGGAGGAGUGCUCUGUCAACUGCACCUACUCUUACGAUUUCGUUGGACCUUCAAUCAACUGCACCGAGUUCGAAUCCAUUCCAAAAUCGCUGUCCGACAUAUACCAAGGCAUCAGCGACCAGAAUAUCAUCUUGUUCGGCGCGGGGCAGGGGUCGGAUCUGAACUCGACGGGCCUUGACUCGACCUACACGGCCGACGACAGGCUAUACUCGCCCGAGCGUCUGUGGGCCUUUUAUUCAUCCGCAAAUGAUUCUUGUCUCCCGCGCGAGAGUCGUAGUCUGCAUGCCUACACAUGUGAGUUCGGGCCCGCACGGUACUGGAUCAACCAGUCCAUCUCCGACCGAUUCUUGCAGCCCCACAUAAAGGUUGACCCGAUUGACAAUUCCACCUUCAGCUUGGACGAAAGAGCCACAUGUGUGCUCCUCCAGGCUCUCCGCGAAAUCCUCGGGGGUUAUUUGGUAAUCACGUAUGACCCACCCCUUUACAAGAAGACCGAGUCAAAGAACUAUACGAUCACAGUACCCAUUGCUUCCAACCGCACGAAUAUCCGCUCAACAAACCUCAUGGACAAGAGCGGGCUGAACGUGGUUGAUCCCCUGGGCGAUUCAAUCGAGAAAAUGGUCCACAAGAUGGUUGUCUCGUUGAUUGCGGAUGACGGUCUCACCCUCGCCAAGAAAGUCAGCACAAGAUGCCGCGCAACAAAGAUGCAAAACACCUACGUCUAUAAGCCAUUCAUUUUGAUUCUGGUAAACACAACCGCUAUGUUUUUCUCCGCGUUGGUAGCGGUGUUGGGAGCUUUGGCUCUUGUGCAGAACGGCGUGGCGAGCGACACUUCGUUCUCGACCUUCCUCCGAACGACAAGAAAUCCAACACUGGACCGAGCGUUGAGGGGUGGGAGCUUGGGUGGUAGCUCUUUCCGGAAGAAAUUUAGUGGUCUAAAGCUUAAAUAUGGGGAGCUUUCUGUGAAGGGCAAGGGGGUUUAUGGCGAUGGUGUUCGCCACGUGGGUAUGGGCGUCGAAGGAGAGGUUAGCACCAUGCAGAAGGGCAGGAAUUACUAUUGA